AGGAGGCGGCGGCGGCUCGCUGGGCUGGGUGCGGGGGAGACGCUCCUCGCUGGUCGGGCCGCGGGGGCGCUCCGGGGUGUGUGCAGCGGGCGGGCCGGUGCGCUCCGGGGGCGCGGGCUCUGUGCGCCGGGCGGCUGGGGAGCCGGUGCGCUCCGGGUGCCCGCGGUCCGGACCGGGGCGAAGGGGGCCGGGCUGUGCCAGGCGGGAGCGGUGCCCCACGAGGCGGUGGGGAGCGAGCCCGCUCCGGUGCUGCGGCAGGAAGGGGAGCCCCGGUCCUUGGGCACCGUAGCGCUCCGGGGGGGACCCAGCAGCCCGGUGGCCGGGCGCCCGCUGAGAAGAGCGCCUCCCCCCUGCCCACCGCAGUGUUCCGGCCACCGGCCACCCGCACGGCUGCUCCCACCGGCUGGGCCGAGGCGCUGGACAUGGACGCUGAGGAUGACCCCUUGUUGCAAGACGCUUGGCUCGAGGAGGAGGAGGAGGUUGCCUUCGGCCCCCGGAAGAGGAGCGAGGGUCCCCAGCUGUGCGGCAAAUGCCAGUGGAAUCCCAGGCCGCUGCCGACAAUGCUGCCGGCGUCCGGCUUUUGGAACGUGCUCGGCUGGGUCUUCACCAACCCGUGCUGUGCUGGUGUUAUCCUCUUCCUGGGCUGUGCCAUCCCUGCCGCCCUGGCCGUCGUCAUGUUCCUCCACUACCCUACCCUGGAUAUCGACAUCUCCUACAACGCCUUCGAGAUCAGGAACCACGAGUCCUCGCAGCGCUUCGAUGCGCUCACCCUGGCCCUCAAGUCCCAGUUCGGCUCGUGGGGCCGGAACCGCCGGGACCUGGCCGAUUUCACCUCGGAGACCCUGCAGCGGCUGAUCUUCGAGCAGCUGCAGCAGCUCCACCCCAACGCCUCUGGGCUGGGCGGUGGGGCCAGGCCAAAGCGCAGCGCGGCGCUUCCCGUGGGUGGAGGGAGGACCAGCCCUGCUGGGCCCGAGGCCCGGCGGAGCCCGGGGAACCAAACCUCCCGCCUUGCCCGGGGCGCUCCGCACUGGGACUACUCCAGCGCUUACGUCAGCGCCAACACCCAGACGCACGCCCACUGGCGCAUCGAACUUAUUUUCCUGGCCCGAGGGGAUGCCGAGAACAACAUCUUCACCUCCGAGCGCCUGCUCACCAUCCACGAGAUCGAGCGGAAGGUCAUGGACCACCCCCACUUCCGGGAGUUCUGCUGGAAGCCCCACGAGGUCCUGAAGGAUCUUCCUCUGGGCUCCUACUCGUACUGCUCCCCUCCCAGCUCCCUCAUGACCUACUUCUUCCCCACCGAACGGGGCGGCAAGAUCUACUAUGACGGCAUGGGGCAAGACCUGGCCGACAUCCGAGGGUCCCUGGAGUUGGCCAUGACCCACCCGGAGUUCUACUGGUAUGUGGAUGAGGGGCUGUCGGCGGAGAACAUGAAGAGCUCCCUUCUCCGCAGCGAGAUCCUUUUCGGGGCCCCCCUGCCCAACUAUUACUCGGUGGAGGACAGGUGGGACGAGCAGCGCAGCAAGUUCCAGAGCUUCGUGGUCACCUACGUGGCCAUGCUGGCCAAGCAGUCCACCAGCAAAGUGCAGGUGCUGUACGGUGGGACGGAUUUGUUUGACUAUGAAGUGAGGAGGACCUUCAGUAACGACAUGCUGCUGGCCUUCAUCAGCAGUAGCUGCAUAGCGGUCUUGGUCUAUAUCCUCACCUCUUGCUCGGUGUUCCUGUCUUUCUUUGGCCUGGCCAGCAUCGGGCUGAGCUGCCUGGUGGCACUGUUCCUGUACCACGUGGUGUUUGGGGUCCAGUACCUGGGCAUCCUCAAUGGCGUGGCCGCCUUUGUCAUCGUGGGGAUCGGUGUCGAUGACGUCUUUGUCUUCAUAAACACCUACCGCCAAGCCACCCACCUGAAGGACCUGCAGCUGCGCAUGAUCCACACCAUCCAGACGGCAGGGAAGGCCACCUUCUUCACCUCCUUGACCACGGCCGCGGCCUACGCCGCCAACAUCUUCUCACAGAUCCCGGCCGUGCACGACUUUGGUCUCUUCAUGUCGCUGAUCGUGUCCUGCUGCUGGGUGGCCGUGCUGUUCACCAUGCCGGCUGCCCUUGGAAUAUGGACCCUCUACAUAUCCCCCCUGGAGAGCUCCUGUCAGGCCAGCUGCAGUCAGAAGUGCGGGAAGACGAGCACCUUGCCCAUUGCCGAUGACCUGUUACUCGCCUCGGAGGACACAGCCGCUCCAGGCCAGGGGUCACUCCCGUACCUCGAUGAUGACAUCCCACUGCUCAGCGUGGAGGAGGAGCCGGUGGCUCUGGAAAUGGGGGAUGUGCCCUUGGCGUCGGCGCUGCCGGAGAACUUGCAGCUCCCAGCCGAGAAGGUCAGGAAGGGUCACUUGAUCGCCCAUCUGCAGGAGCUCCUCCAGCACUGGGCGCUGUGGUCUGCGGGGAAGAACAGAUGGGUGAUUGUGGGGCUCUUUGUCAUGGUCCUGAUCCUGUCCAUAUUCUUCGCUAGCCGCCUCCGCCCAGCUAGCCGCGCUCCUCUCCUGUUCCGGCCCAACACCAACAUCCAGGUGCUCCUGGACCUCAAGUACAACCUGAGCGCCGAGGGCAUCUCCUGCGUCACCUGCUCAGGUUUGUUUCAGGAAAAGCCCCACAAUCUGCAGAGCAACAUCCGAACCUCCUUGGAGAAGAAGAAACGGGGCUCGGGGCCCCCUUGGGGGAGCAGAGGGGGCAUGGCUGAUGCUGUGAAGCAGGAUCCCCAGGGGACUGUGUAUGUCUCCAAGUCCAAAGGCCAGGGCAGGCCAGCCGUCUACAGGUUCUCCCUCAACGCCAGCGUUCCUGCCUCGUGGCAGACGGUGUCCCCGGGAGAUGGGGAAGUGCCCUCGUUCCAGGUGUAUAGAGUUCCUUUCGGUAACUUCACCAAGAAGCUGACAGCUUGUGUGUCCACAGUAGGGCUGCUUCAGCAGACGAGCCCCCGGAAAUGGAUGAUGACCACCUUAUCCUGCGAUGCCAAGAGAGGCUGGAAGUUCGACUUCAGUUUCUACGUCGCGGCCAAGGAGCAGCAGCGAACGCGGAAGCUGUAUUUCGCCCAGUCGCACAAGCCCCCUUACCACGGCCGAGUGUGCAUAGCGCCCCCUGGCUGUCUUCUCAGCUCUAGCCCGGACGGACCCAACAAAGGUUUCCUCUAUGUGCCCAGCGAGAAGGUGUCCCCCAAGGUGAAGGUCUCGGCCACCUCGGGCUUUAACCCGUGUGGGAACACUGGCUGCGGGAAGCCGGCAGUGCGGCCGCUGGUGGACACAGGGGCCAUGGUGUUUGUGGUGUUUGGCAUCCGCGGGGUGAAUCACACCCGACGCCCGGAUAAUCACGUCAUUGGAGACAUGGGCAGCGUUAUCUACGAUGACAGCUUUGACCUCUUCAAAGAGAUUGGCAACCUGUGCCUCAUCUGCAAGGCCAUUGCCGGCAAUGCUGAACUGGUGAAGCCAGGAGGGGCCCAGUGCCUGCCCUCAGGCUACAGCAUCUCCUCCUUUCUGCAGAUGCUGCACCCCGAGUGCAAGAACCUCCCUGAGCCGAACCUGCUCCCUGGGCAGCUCUCCCACGGGGCGGUGGGGGUGAAGGAUGGCAAGGUGCAGUGGAUCUCCAUGGCUUUUGAAUCGACGACCUACAAGGGCAAGUCUUCCUUCCAGACCUACUCCGACUACCUGAAGUGGGAAACUUUCUUGCAGCAGCAGCUCCAGCUCUUCCCUGACAGCUCCGCUCUCCGGCACGGGUUCCAGACCUGCGAGCACUGGAAGCAAAUCUUCAUGGAGAUCAUAGGUGUGCAGAGCGCCCUGUACGGUCUCCUCCUCUCGCUGGUUAUCUGCGUGGCUGCAGUCGCCGUGUUCACCACCCACCUUCUCCUCCUGCUGCCAGUGCUGCUCAGUAUUUUAGGGGUCGUCUGCCUGGUGGUGACCAUCAUGUACUGGUCCGGCUGGGAAAUGGGAGCCGUGGAGGCGAUUUCUCUCUCCAUCCUCGUCGGCUCCUCCGUAGAUUACUGCGUGCACCUGGUGGAGGGCUACCUGCUGGCGGGGGAGAACUUGCCCCUUCACCAGGCAGAGGACCCCACCUCCUGCCGCCAGUGGAGGACGAUCGAAGCCGUCCGGCACGUGGGCGUGGCCAUCGUCUCCAGCGCUGUCACCACGGUGAUCGCCACCGUCCCGCUCUUCUUCUGCAUCAUCGCCCCCUUUGCCAAAUUCGGGAAGAUCGUGGCCCUCAACACGGGCGUCUCCAUCCUGUACACCCUGACUGUGAGCACUGCCCUGCUGGGCGUCCUGGGGCCCAGCACCUUCACCCGCAGCAGGACUUCCUUCCUCAAGGCCCUGGUGGGCGUUCUCCUGGCCGGCGUCCUGGGGCUGUGCGUCUGCCUGGCCCUGCUGCAGAGUGGCGUGAAGAUCCCCCUCCCCAACGGGACAUCCCUGUAGUCCCCGCACUGGGCUGCCUCCGUCUCUCUUUCUCCCUAUUUUUUUUAAAGGAUAUUUUUUGUAAAAAUGAAAAAAAAAUCCUUUUUCCGGACGUUUUUUCAACUCCAGAGGCACUUUAUUUUCUACUGGGUUUUGCUCUAAA